ACGUCCAUACCAUCUGUUCACCAUGGAAACCAUUUUUCGGCCACAAAUCGUCUAAAUUUACACUAAAUUCCAGUUAAAACACAGAUACAAUGGGAGAUUUAAAACCGUACCAGACAGUCUACAAAGGGGACUAUAUUUGGCCCUACAUCGCCCCGAUAAUUUUCAAGCCUGGUGAGCCUCCGGGUUGUCCUCCAGUAGCCAAAAAGGCCAGGGCUCAGAAGCUUCUCGAAGAGAAGAAGCCUUGUCACUGCGACAGGCAUUCAUGGAGCCCGCAUUUUGAGAGGGCGAGGCACCUCAAGCUCAAAGAACAGGCUUUCAGGGAAGCCAUGGUUGCCACAGCUCAUAAAAGAACAAUACUAGAAAAUGAGAUUCUGGACCAUCCUUGCACUGAUUCAGAGGAUGUCAUCGCUUCCCUUUAUCAGCUUAACUUCGCAAAAAGAAAUUUCCCUGUUGUUUCUUACCGUCCAAUGAUGGCGGAUCAUGACGAUCCAGUCGUUACCCCCGUUGCAAUGUUGAGAAUAGGCCUGGAUGACCAGGGAUAUAGAGAUCCGACCAAAUUUAGAUCGAUAGCUGUUGCCUGUCCUGACGUCGGCGCACCAAAAGAAGUCACAUAUUACGAUAAUCCAGCUGAAGAAGCCAAAUUCAGAAUGAGGUCGGAAUACCAGGAUACAAUAAGCAAAGUCGGUGCUGAAACUUCGAAAGCAGCUCUCCAGUUUACAGAACCGUUACUGACGAGCAGGAGACGCUGGGGCUGCAACUGUCUUUAAGUUCAUCAUAAACAUACCAACUGAUUACGAAUACUUGCAACCUUUUAACAAAGAUCUAAUCGAUUUUUAACCCAUUUUCUGCCUAAUUACUGGGAAAAUGGUUUUAAAAUGUCGGCUGAUGCCUUAGUAAUGCAUAUUCUUACCACCUUGCACAAGCAUCAUCACUAACUUAAUAAUAAACUUCAAAUUAUUUUUAAACUACA